CAGAUAAUGUUUUCAAAAACAUGAUAGUCGACGAUCUAGACAAUUUGGUAGAAUCUCUUCAUUCAACAAUAAGGGAGAACUCUAUUUACGUGUCCAAGUAUGAGACUAAAACUGAAGAACAUUAUACCUUGAGUUCGGAGAGUACAAUUUGUAAAACUGGAACCUCGAAGCCUCCGAAGAAGCCUGAAAGGGGAAAAGUAAAGAAAGAAGGUUUGCCAACAGAUCCAGGGAUCACAAAGGAUGUUAAAAGACCUGUAUCCUUAGCAGAGCCUGAACCUGACCCUCCAGCUAAUCAACUUAAUAAACUAAAGGUAGAUAUGCCGGUCAGCCUACAGACUAAUCUCAAUGAGUUGGACACCCUGUUGGCAGAUUUAAACAGUGCUAAAUACAGGGUGGAGCAAGAUAACAGGUUUGGUUCUGUGAGUAACUCCUAUGCCUAUGGAGAUUACUAUAGUGACCUUGAAUCAUGUGCAGAUGAAAAAGCUCCUGAAAGGCCCCCUCCUCCUAAAAGCUAUUUAUCAACUCCCAAACCAAAUGUUGCAACUUCUUCCUCACAAUUUUUGCAACCUCCCUCCAGGUCUCCUAUACCUCCUUCACAAUCCCCGCUACCCUCCAUCGUUACAAGGAAACCAAGACGACCUCCUAAACUGAUGCACGUUCUCAAGGAUGGAGACAAAUCCCGAGUUCAUGAUUUAGAGAAGGAGAAUAGAGAUGAAUAUUCAAUGGAUAUUGAGGUUCCUGAUGAAGGAGAUUACGGAGAUUACACCUCUAAAUGGGAAUAUCUGGGCAAAGGUAUUUGGGAGAACCAAGACUACGGAAGUAUCAGUAACUACAGCACACUCAAAACUAACACACAAAGAGAAGAUUACGAUUACACAAAUCUAUCUAAAUCUCCUCUUCCGAUGGUCAGUGAUGAAGAAUUAGAAAAGGAGACAGGUGCAGGUCCAAGAGGGGAACGGAGUAAAAUAAUUCCAACAGAUCAUGGAGAGGUUAAAUCUAAAUAUCAUUAUCUUGGAUUUGGUCUCUGGGAGAAUACAGAUCCAACUCCCAAACCUAAACCCAAGAAGCCCAGUCCCCCUCCUCCACCACCUAAGGCCGAACCAGUUUGGUAUAAUUGUACAGUUGCAGUGACCUCAACGCUGUCCAGUAAGGAGCUUGAUGAUCUAAAUAUGAAAGAUCUAUUCUCCAACCUACCUAACAGGAGUGUUGAAGUAGGAGAGGGUGUGGGUGAUCUAGGAGAAGGUAUAGGAGAACCCUUCGAGAUGUUUGAGAAGGAGGAUAUGUCAGAUAUGUUCAGACGAGCAAUGUUUGAGAAAAUGAAUCUUGUAGAUGACGACAACAGAAAGAAGUAUAAUUGCGCUGUUUGCAGUAAACUUAUUCAGGGCCGGGUGAUUACAGCUAAAGCAAACAAGUAUCAUCCCGAGUGUUUUGUCUGCACAUAUUGUAGAAAGGUAUUGAUAAAUAUUUAUAUUAUACAGGCUUCAAGAAUUCAGAACUUUUUUGUUGUGAAAUCUCGAAAAUUAAGAACUGAAUUCCAUGAAUUCCAUCUACUGACUAAUUUAAUUCCACUUUGAUAUCCCGUGGUGGCC